CGGGUGGCAGCAGCGCCAUGUGGAGCGGCCGCAGCUCCUUCACGAGCCUGGUGGUGGGCGUGUUCGUGGUCUACGUGGUGCACACCUGCUGGGUCAUGUAUGGCAUCGUCUACACCCGCCCGUGCGCCCAGGACGGCAACUGCAUCCAGCCCUACCUGGCCCGGAGGCCCAAGCUGCAGCUGAGCGUCUACACCACCACGAGGUCCAACCUUGGUGCUGAGAACAACGUGGACUUGGUGUUGAACGUGGAGGACUUUGACGUGGAGUCCAGAUUUGAAAGGACAGUUAAUGUUUCUGUACCAAAGAAGACAAGGAACAAUGGGACCCUGUAUGCCUACAUUUUCCUCCAUCACGCUGGGAUCUUACCAUGGCAGGAUGGGAAGGAGGUGCACCUCGUCAGUCCUCUCACCACCUACAUGGUCCCCAAGCCUGAAGAGGUCAACCUCCUGACCGGGGAGUCUGCCACACAGCAAAUUGAAGCUGAAAAGAAGCAGACCAGUGCCUUGGAUGAGCCCAUUUCUCACUGGCGGCCGAGGCUGACGCUAAAUGUGAUGGUGGAUGACUUUGUCUUCGACGGGUCCUCUCUACCUGCUGAUGUGCAUCGGUACAUGAAGAUGAUCCAGUUAGGGAAAACUGUCCAUUACCUCCCCAUCCUGUUCAUCGAUCAGCUGAGCAAUCGCGUGAAGGACUUGAUGGUCAUCAACCGCUCAACCACGGAGCUCCCGCUCACCGUGUCCUAUGACAAGAUCUCGCUGGGGAGGCUGCGCUUCUGGAUCCACAUGCAGGAUGCCGUGUACUCGCUGCAGCAGUUCGGGUUUUCAGAGAAAGAUGCUGAUGAAGUGAAAGGAAUCUUUGUCGACACCAACUUGUAUUUCUUAGCCCUGACCUUCUUCGUCGCAGCGUUUCAUCUCCUUUUUGAUUUCCUGGCAUUUAAAAAUGACAUCAGCUUCUGGAAGAAGAAGAAGAGCAUGAUUGGAAUGUCCACCAAAGCAGUGCUCUGGCGCUGCUUCAGCACCGUGGUCAUCUUCCUCUUCCUGCUGGACGAGCAGACGAGCCUGCUGGUGCUGAUCCCCGCGGGCAUUGGAGCGGCCAUCGAGUUGUGGAAAGUGAAAAAAGCAUUGAAAAUGACUGUUGUGUGGAGAGGCCUCCUACCUGGUCUUCAGUUUGGCACUUACAGUGAGUCGGAAAGAAUAACCGAGGAGUACGACACUCAGGCCAUGAAGUACUUGUCGUACCUGCUGUACCCGCUCUGCAUCGGCGGAGCCGUUUACUCCCUCCUGAACAUCAAGUACAAAAGUUGGUACUCCUGGUUAAUCAACAGCUUCGUCAACGGGGUCUACGCCUUCGGCUUCCUCUUCAUGCUGCCCCAGCUCUUUGUGAAUUACAAGAUGAAGUCAGUGGCUCACCUGCCCUGGAAGGCCUUCACCUACAAAGCUUUCAACACCUUCAUUGAUGACGUCUUCGCCUUCAUCAUCACCAUGCCCACCUCGCACCGGCUGGCCUGCUUCCGGGACGACGUGGUCUUUCUGGUGUACCUGUACCAGAGGUGGCUUUAUCCCGUGGAUAAAAGCAGGGUGAAUGAGUUUGGGGAGUCUUACGAAGAGAAGCCCACCUGGAAGUCUCACCCAGACUAA